AAUGUAAUUUUGAACAAACAAUUUGUUUUAGUUGGAAAAUUGAAAAACAAUGGUGUAUUGCUUAUUUAAGUAAUAAUGUACCAGUAUUUGUUCAAUUUAAUACUGGAUUUUUUUGGUUUAUUUUAGCAAUCAAUAUUUUUGAACCACUUAGAUAUUUAAAAUAUAUAAGUGAUGAAGAUAAACUUUCAUGUUAUAAUAUAGAAAUUAUAUUUGGUCCUAGUAGAGAUAAAGGAUUUUUUAGAGGACUAGCUAGAAUUAUUUUUAAAUUAAUUCAAGCUUUUAGAUAUAUAGAUUUAAAUACUAAUAAUGCUUAA